AUGGCGGUGCAGGCGCAGCACCCGGCCAAUACUUCUGGUCUCUUCUCGGCGGACUACGCGGGGAGGUUGCCCCGCAUCACAGGGAGGGGCCUUCAGAUUGAAGACCCCGCCUACCAGGCUCCCCUCCUCCUCCCAUCGGCCGCCGCCGCACAUCAGCUCUAUCAGCGGCAGGCCCUCUAUGGCACCACCAUGUUCAGCGGGGAGCAGGACAGCGAGCUCACCUGCAACGUGUCAGCGUCGCGGAAGCGAAGUCGCGAAGACCUCAAUCUCCUUCAGCAGCAGCAGCAGCUCUGGCUGGCAGGGGCUAUCGGGAAGGUCAUUCAGGAGAAACAGCCGGUGUCUGGCACGGGGCCUUCCGCUAGCUUUCAUAACUCCCUCGACAAUAGCCGAUUAAUCGAUUCCGCGAUGUCAUCCACUAGCGGGAGAUCGGCUGCCACCGCUCCUACCCCAACGACUUCCUCGCCGGCUGUCAACCCGCUCGUUCAAGAAUUCCUUUCUCAACUCUAUCACCAGAGCCUCGAGGUCGAUACGCUCAUUCGACUACAGGUACUUUUAUGCACUCCGUGCUGAUUUUUUCCUAUGCUUCCGAUGGGAAAUUUGUCCGUCUUAGAAGCUUUUCUGGCCCGCAGUCUUUUCUUGGAGUAAUCUUGUGUCUAAUCUUUGGUUGUUGCAACAGAACGAUCGGCUUAGGUCGGGACUGGAAGAGACGCGGAAGCGCCACUGUGGAGCGCUCAUUUUGGCAAUGGAGGAAGCAGUCCUCCGCCGACUCCGUGAGAAGGAGGCAGAGUUGGAGACCGUAAGCCGCCGCAACGCCGAGUUGGAAGAGAAAGUGUGGCAGAUGACUGCCGAGAAUCAGAUGUGGUUCAGCGUCGCGCGCAACAACGAAGCAAUCGUCUCGAGCCUCCGUGCAAGCCUAGAACAAGCCCUCCAGAACGCCAAUGAGACGGGCCCGCUCAUUGCCGUCCCCCAGGCGCAGGACGUCGAGGAGGGCUACGGGGACAGCGACUGCGUGGCUCCAACUUUGCUGGCGGACGAUGCGCAAUCCUGCUGUAACGCGGAUGCCAAGGUUUGCGAUAGCAACGCGGCCGCGCGGGAGACUCUCAGGGAGCUUCCUCGGAAGAGGAUGUGCAAGGUCUGCGCCGAGCAGGAGGUGUCGGUGUUGCUUCUCCCCUGUCGGCAUCUCUGCCUCUGCAAGCAGUGCGAAGCGCGUCUCGACGCCUGUCCCGUCUGCAACUCCACGAAGAACGCCAGUCUCCAAAUCUUCAUGUCCUGA